AUGUAUGCUGGGCAUGGCCUUUCCUCGGGGAGCCCCUUGUCAGGGUUCAAUGUGGACUCGGUGAAGCUGACCUGGAGACAUCGGUUCCCAGCCUACAUCACCAACUUGGUCUCCAUUGUCUUCGUGAGUGUAGGUUGCCCCGAAGGGCUAGACAUCGCUUGGAGCCUUGAGCCAGGAUGUGCCCUUGAUGACUGCAGCCUGGGGCUUGCGUGGCUCAGGGGCUGCUGGGGUAGACCAUGGAGGACAUGGGCAGCGGGAGCUCAAUGCCAUGGAGACUGGCUCCCUGCCAGCAGAAUGCCGUGGUUCAAGGGCUGGAAAGUGGAGCGUAAGGAGGGGAACGCCAGCGGCGUGUCCCUGCUGGAGGCCCUGGACACCAUCCUGCCCCCUACACGCCCCACAGAUAAGCCCCUGCGCCUGCCACUGCAGGACGUGUACAAGAUCGGCGGCAUUGGCACCGUACCCGUGGGCCGAGUGGAGACGGGCAUCCUUCGGCCGGGCAUGGUGGUGACCUUUGCACCCGUCAACAUCACCACGGAGGUGAAGUCGGUGGAAAUGCACCAUGAGGCCCUGAGCGAGGCCCUGCCUGGUGACAACGUCGGCUUCAAUGUGAAGAACGUGUCGGUCAAGGACAUCCGCCGAGGCAACGUGUGUGGGGACAGCAAGUCCGACCCACCCCAGGAGGCUGCCCAGUUCACCUCCCAGGUUAUCAUCCUGAACCACCCAGGGCAGAUCAGUGCCGGCUACUCACCGGUCAUCGACUGCCACACGGCACACAUCGCCUGCAAGUUUGCCGAGCUGAAGGAGAAGAUUGACCGGCGCUCAGGCAAGAAGCUGGAGGACAACCCUAAAGCCCUGAAGUCCGGUGACGCAGCCAUCGUGGAGAUGGUCCCUGGGAAGCCCAUGUGUGUGGAGAGCUUCUCACAGUAC